AUGGGCGCCACGGAGGAUUCCUCCUCCGGCUCCGAGACCACCACCUCGUCCUCGGUGGAGGCCCUGGCCUCGCCGCCGUCCCCGACGGCCACCACCGCGUCGUCGAAGAAGAAGCGGCCGCGCAACGACGGGCGGCACCCGACGUACCGCGGGGUGCGCAUGCGGAGCUGGGGCAAGUGGGUGUCGGAGAUUCGGGAGCCCCGCAAGAAGUCGCGCAUCUGGCUCGGCACCUUCGCCACCGCGGAGAUGGCGGCGCGCGCGCACGACGUGGCCGCCCUCGCCAUCAAGGGCCGUGCCGCGCACCUCAACUUCCCCGACCUCGCCCACGAGCUCCCGCGCCCGGCCACCGCCGCGCCCAAAGACGUCCAGGCGGCCGCCGCACUCGCCGCCUCCGCCGACUUCCCGGCCUCUGCCACUGCAGCUGCCAAUGCCGGCGCCAAGAACCCCGACGGCCCGGAACACAGCGGCGCCUCCGCCUCUGCCUCCGCCUCUGCCUCUGCCUCUGCCUCGCCGCCGCCUGACACCGCUGAGGAUGCGCUGUUCGACCUCCCCGACCUCCUCUUCGACCUCAGACACGGCCCUCCGUCCUGCCAGCUUUCGUGCGCCUCCUCGUGGGACGACGACGUGGCCUUCGCCGGCCCUGGCGCCGGCGUGUUCCGCCUGGAGGAGCCGCUGCAGUGGGAGUACUAA